UACUCAUGCUCCCGGCCGACCCACCACCAGCCUCUCUCGCCGCCUCGGCGCUGCCGCAUCUGGCUACCGCCGUUACCCAGGCCGUGCCAUCCGGCCCGCGCGCGCUCCUGCCGCCCCUCGCGCUCGCUCUCCGCACACUCGCCCGCGCCCGCCUGAGCGACAAUCCUCCACCUGUCCCUCUCGCCCCGCUGCACGCAUUCACGUCUCUCGCAGCCGAAGAUCCCGCCGCAAUUCCUCUUCAGACACUGACUGACGCGCUCCUUGCAUAUCCGUCCGAGGUGGGCGCAUUGUCGCCUGCCCUGUCCUCACUGCUGAAGGAGCGGGAGGCUGAACUCGCUGCGAUGAUUGCAAGUGCCCCAUCUGCCAUCACCUCCUUACCUUCCUCCUCCCACUCCCCCACCGACCCCUCACUCCCCCUCCUCACUACAGCUCGCCUUCUCCACGCCCUCCUUCGCCUCCCCGCCGCCCACAUUGUGCUCGCGCACGCUCCGGACCUCGUCCCCGCCCUCGUCACUGCUUACCAGUCUGCAAAUAUCCGGGCCAAAGCAGAAACGCUCACGCUUCUCCGUGUCCUCCUCGAGAACAGCGAGAGGUUACGCGCCCUCCUCCCACCGGCACGCACCGGCACGCCCCUUGUCGACCAGAAUGUCACGGCUGACCUCGCAUUAUUCUCCACCCAGAAGCCUGGGGAGGCCGCGGAGGCGCUGAGGGCGCUGCAUGAUGAUGAACGGCGGGACGAUCCGCGCCUUCAGCCCCUGCUCAACCUCUUCCCCUCCCUUCCUGCCCAUCUCUUGGCUGACUCCCUCGCCCACCCAGCCUUCAGCGCGCGCGCUGGCGCCACUGCCUCGGAACAAGCUGCGCCUCUCGUCGAUGCCAUUUUGGCGCGCACCCUUCCGCCAGACCUGCACGAACUGCGUGCCGUCGCAGCCUCGCUUAAUGCCGCCGCCGGCCCUUCCUCUCCUACAAAGCAGGCGGCGCGUCGCGGCGGCUGGGACGACGUAGAUCUCUCCAAGCUGCGACUCAAAGGCGACAGCGAGGCGCCGGCAGAGAUCCCCGACGCCCUGCGCGCGUCAAUUCUCCGCCUGGUCGAGGCGCAGGAAGAGGAGGCAGAGGCUGCCGCCCGUGCAGUAGCAGAAGCUCAUGGCGACGGAUCGGAUGAGGAGGACGAUGUCGCGCCCGCCCGCGGCCCUGUUGCCGACGGUGAGGACAGCAGCGAAGGCAGUGACGGAGAAGCAGAUGCACAGGGCGAGGACGGACAGCGCACGCCAGCGCGCAAAGAGAAUGUGCAGGUUGUUCUCGAAAUUGCGUACAUACAGACUCCCGCAGUAUUCAGUCGCGACUCAGCAACGCGGCGCAGUGCCGCCCGCGCUGACUUACGUGAGCGCACUGGUAUGGACGACAGCCAGAUUGAGGGGUGGAAGAUCAUGCUGGAGCGCAACCCACACAAGGAUGCGAUCCUCGAGAGACACCAGUACUUGCGCCCGAGCAACGACGCCACGCCCAAGAGAGACGGCGGCGGCGGAGGCGGCGGGGGCGAGUCCUCGCGAGGUGGCCGCGGAGGGGGGAGUGGCAGUGGCGGGCGUGGCGGACGUGGAGGGGGAGGGCGUGGCCGCGGGAAUAAGGGAAGCCGGGGACACUCGAAUGCGGCACGGACACGGGGGCACGACAAGAAGAUGAGCCGUAUGGGCGCGGGUCUGUAAUGUGUAGAUGCUAG